UUGUGAAAGAAACCCCUUGCUCUAAUUAAUUCUCCCUUUCUUUCUGCAGGACUACUGAUGGCCAACAUGUCUGGCCCUUUGACCUUUGUUGAUAUGCAGGCCAUCAGACUCGCUUUUACAGGUGAGAGGAUCUUUAAGAUGUUCCUGGUGCUGUCCACGCACUCCCUCUUCAUUUACAUUAACACUGUGAUGCUGUUUACACUGCGCACCAAGGCCAUCUUCCGUGAGACACCACGCUACAUCCUCUUUACCCACAUGCUCCUGAAUGACACCAUUCACCUCGUGAUCGCCCUGUUGCUCUAUAUGCUCAGUUCCUUUUACCUUGUGGUGGUGCGUGCCGCUUGCGCCUUCAUCGUGCUGGUGUCUACAUCAACAUUUGUCAACGCACCGCUCAACCUGGCUGUCAUGUCCCUGGAGAGGUACACGGCCAUCUGCUUCCCUUUGCGGCACAGCGAGUUGGCUACGCCGGCGCGAGUGAAUGUGGCUGUGGCUCUGGUGUGGGUUUUGGGCAUCAGUGAUGUGCUAACUGAUGUGUGUGCUCUCUUCCUCCUCGCAGAGCCAUCCUUCUACUUGUCUCCUACAGUGUGUACCAUCGCGCAGCUCAUGGUGGCACCCUGGCAGCAGGGCAGGAGUGUGACAUUCAAAGUGCUGCUCUUUGUCAUGGUGGCCAUUGUGUUACUCUACACGUAUGUGGCCAUCCUGCGGCAGGCGCGUGCCGCCUCCUCUGACACCUCUUCUGCCCGCAAGGCCUUGCGCACUGUGGUACUGCACACGCUGCAGCUUGGCCUCUCGCUCAUGUCAUUUCUCUAUGAGUAUAUAGAGUACCUGCUAGGAAGCCUGCCACUCCCUGUAUACACAGAGAUACGCUUCCUCAUCUUCUUCAUAGUGCUGAUCCUGCCACGCUGCCUCAGCUCACUCAUCUAUGGCUUGAGGGACGAGACCUUCAGGCCACUGUUCAAGCAGAACUUCCUGUACUGUGGUACAAACAAAGUUGUGCCUUUAGAGGCUUUUACAAAACACUAAUGAUGAGACAAUGACAAUGUGAUCAAUGUUUCUGUGAUCUGUAUGUGAAUAAAUGUGUACAUGUGUUUCUGUAGAUACAUACACAAAGGAUGUGGCAUAAGUCUCAAAAAGCUAUUUGUAUGUCGUUUAUCAGGAUCACAAGUGUUAUGGGUUGUUUGUGAUCCUGAUAAAGAUUCUAAUAUUUUAUCUAACAUCAGAAUGAAUGAUUUAUCUGAUGUAAGGAAAAAGAUUUUCUCUGUGUACUAAUAAAAUAAGAGCUUCAUCCAACAUGAAAUUUGUUGAAGCUGUAACUGAAAAGGUUGAAAUUAUUGCUAAUAACACCAACAUUUUGACACUCCCUUGUCUACCUCUUCAUGGUCACACUGCUUCAUUGCUAAAUAAUGUUACUGAGGUUUUGUUUUGGCCUUCAGAAAUAAAUACAGACAUUAUGAGUGAUGUGAAUGUGUUCCACACACAUGCACGUUUGCAUACAUGUAGUAGGUGAACAGAGAUUAAGAGAUU